UGCAGAUCAUUCUGCUGGCACUAACAGUCCUCUGGGCUGCAGCACAGACUCCACCAUGCAGAUUACUGGGGAGGGCAGCCAAGCCCAGCUUUUAUCAACAUGGAGACAUCAACAUCGGCGGAGUCUUCACCAUGCACCAAAUUCCCUGGGAAAUAACCUUCAAAUUUGACACCAAACCUGAGCACCUGAAGUGUUCACGAGUUAUUUUGAGAGAAUUCCGGUUGGCCCAGACCAUGAUCUUUGCCACUGAAGAAAUAAACAACAGAACUGACCUCCUCCCAGGUGUAUCUCUUGGAUAUAAGAUACACGAUUCCUGUGUCUCUCCAAUAUUCGCUACAAGAGCAGCCAUGACUAUGAUGAACGGUUAUGAGGAUACAUUGUCUGACACAUCAUGCUCCACACCAGCAGUAGUGCCGGCCAUUAUCGGGACAUCCAUUUCUACUGAUGCCAUUGCUAUCGCAGGAACUGUUGGAUUAUUUCAGAUUCCACUGAUCAGUCACUUUGCAACAUGUGCAUGUCUGAGUAAUAGAAAAAGGUUCCCCACAUUCUUCAGAACCAUUCCCAGUGACUACUACCAGAGCAGAGCACUGGCUCAGCUGGUGAAACACUUUGGCUGGACCUGGAUAGGAGCAGUAAGAGGUGAUGAUGACUACGGCAACAACGGAAUGGCAACAUUCAUAAAAGCUGCUGAACAGGAAGGGAUCUGCAUUGAGUAUUCAGAGACAUUUCGCUUAACAGAACCAGAUACAUUACUGAAGGUUGUGGAUGUUAUCAAAAGAGGUUCUGCACGGGUAAUUGUAGCAUUUCUUGGUGAGAUUCGAAUGAUCAAAUUAUUAGAGCAGCUGACCUUUCAGAAUAUUACUGGUUUUCAAAUGGUUGGCAGUGAAGGCUGGAUAACAUCAAGCAGUAUAGCAUCACCAAGCAGUUUCAGAACACUGGGAGGAUCUAUUGGCUUUGCUAUCACCCAAGGCAAAAUAAAUGGCUUGCAAGAAUUUCUAAUAAAACUUCAUCCAUCCAAGUACCCAAAUAACACUGAUGUUACAGACUUUUGGGAAGCUGCUUUUCAGUGUAACCUCAGAAAUGGAGACAAAAAGCCACACGUUACCUCCUGCACUGGAUCUGAGAGCUUGAUUGAAAUGGAAAAUGCAUACACUGAUGCAUCAGAGCUGAGAAUAUCCAACAAUGUCUACAAAGCAGUAUACGCUGUUGCUCAAUCUCUACAUGACCUGCUGGCAUGUACACCUCAUCAAGGCUGCACAAACAGCGUGAAUACACAGCCCUGGCAGGUACUAAGGGCUCUGAAAAACGUCAAUUUUACAUUGGGAACUGGAGAAAAAGUCUCUUUUGACAGUAAUGGGGAUCCAGUAGCCAGAUAUGAGGUGGUGAACUGGCAGCUUGGUACUGACGGUGCAGUAAAGUUCAGAGUGGUCGGCUACUAUGAUGAUUCUUUACCGUCUGGGCAGCAGUUUGUGAUGAGACCUGCUAGUAUGGUUUGGGCAGGUGGGCAAAAAGAGAAACCCAGGUCAGUGUGCAGUGAGAGCUGUCCCCCAGGCACCCGGAAGGCUGUGCAGAGAGGAAGGCAUGUCUGCUGCUAUGAUUGUGUGCCCUGCGCUGAGGGAGAAAUCAGCAAUGUCACAGAUUCUAAUGACUGUAUUCAGUGUACGGAAGAAUACUGGCCUAAUGCUAAAAGAGAUCGAUGUGUUUCAAAGGUUGUCGAAUUUCUGUCAUUUCACGAAAUUAUGGGAAUCGUGCUUGUUAUUUUUUCCAUAGUUGGAGCAUGUGUAACUGUACUUGUGGCUGUGCUGUUCUUUAUACAGAAGGACACACCCAUUGUGAAAGCCAACAACUCAGAGCUGAGCUUCCUGUUGCUUUUUUCAGUGAAACUGUGUUUCCUUUGCUCUCUUACCUUCAUCGGCCGGCCCUCUGAGUGGUCCUGUAUGUUACGCCACACUGCGUUUGGGAUCACCUUUGUCCUCUGCAUCUCGUGUGUUUUGGGGAAAACAAUAGUGGUGUUAAUGGCCUUCAGGGCUACACUUCCAGGCAGUAAUGUCAUGAAGUGGUUUGGGCCUCUGCAGCAGAGACUGAGUGUUCUUGCUUUCACUCUCAUACAGGUCCUUAUUUGUGUGCUUUGGUUAACAAUAUCCCCUCCUUUCCCCAACAAGAACAUGAAGCACUACAAAGAAAAGAUCAUUCUAGAAUGUGAUGUAGGAUCAGCAGUGGGGUUCUGGGCUGUGCUGGGUUAUAUUGGACUCCUCUCUAUAUUGUGCUUUGUUUUAGCUUUUCUGGCUCGUAAGCUGCCUGACAAGUUCAAUGAAGCCAAGUACAUCACAUUCAGCAUGCUCAUAUUCUGUGCAGUCUGGAUCACCUUCAUACCAGCUUACGUCAGCUCACCUGGAAAGUUCACUGUAGCUGUGGAAAUAUUUGCAAUUUUAGCAUCUAGUUUUGGCUUGCUGUUCUGUAUCUUUCUUCCAAAAUGUUAUAUAAUUGUAUUCAGACCUGAGCAAAAUACUAGAAAACAUAUAAUGGGUAAAACAGAUGUGAUAUCUCAGUGAUUGCCCGCACUAUUUUAUACCCAAGAGAACUGUAUAGGAUACUGGACAAUAGAGUCAUCUGUCAAAUAAGAAUGCAAUGUCUUAAAGUAAUAAUCUUGAAGAUUUUCAUUAAAAUAAAUGUCUGUUUAGUCACUAUCUAUCGCUGAAUUAGGUAACACAAUGGUGAUUGAGCGUAUUGUUAUAUUAAUUUAUAUCAUUAUUAUUAUUAUAAUUUAUGAUUGAAGAACUGGGUGUCUGUGGCGACAUUCCCGGAAAAAACUCAGAAAAUCAGAAGCGGCGCAUAGUUAGUGACGCGUUUUCCAUCACCCAUCAGUGGUUGGUCCGCCAGAGAGGGUAGGUGGACGCAACAGGCUCGCUCUUCAACUCACUUGUGUGUGAGCGGCGCACGGUGUCUGCUAGCCUUACAAUAACAGAGAAGGGGGGCGGGUUAUGGAACCCUAAUAAGUUUUUGUGUAACAUGAGAGGUCAUAUUAUUUGUUGAUGUAGAUUUCCUACUACAUUUGAUAACAAUGUAACGUUACUAAAUUACAUAGCUAUUUGCACAGCUAACGCUAGCUACCGGACCAUGUCAAGAAAGGCAACAUUAGUUUAGACAACGUUGCACACAGCAUCCAUCUCUCAUAUCAGGUAACGUUGCGUUAUCUAGCUAGCUAAUGUAAUUAACACAAUCUAAUUCUAGCUAACGCUACCGACCGGUACCGACCUCGCAAAUUGUCUCUUGAAUGCAAUGCUACCUUGUUGUAACGUAGCAAUGCAGCUAACUAAAAAGUCAGUUCAGAUCAAUGAUUCGCAACAAGACUGGAUGAAACUUGCAAAAUUCCAAGACGUCUGAUUGUAAACGUUCUAAAACUGCACUUGGCGAUUUGACAAGGUGGGUCUUUUGAGACCCCAGGCAACGGCUUCAGACGCUCUGCAACGAACCAGUUCACACCGCUGCAAUUUUCUCUGCAACAUUCUAAAAAUGUUUCGUCUCGUUGCGAAUCAUUGAUCUAAACUGGCCACGUUACCGUUGUUUACAUUGGUAUCAAAUUCAUCAAUAUAUUGAUCAGAAUAAAGCCGGGGUAUAGGUGGAGCAGAACCGGGUCUGAUUUCUGUGUAAAGAUGUCAAGCCGGAGAAAACUAAAUAAAAGAAUACAGCAGUAUGGAUUAGGGUUGUUAUUAUUUUAUUAUGCUUCCUCAUAUGUUCCUUCAACCUUGAUGCCCUUUUUUGAUGAAAUCUCCUUUGUUUUAUUCUUUUUGUUCUGAUUGCUAAUUUAACACCCAGCUCAGCUUUAUUCUCGAACAGUUUAGCUAACAAAACCAGAAACACCAGGGUUAACAUUUUGCAAGGCAGUUGUUUCAA